UACUUCACGUUGGUAAUUUAACCGGCUAAAGCCAAAUCCACAUCUUUUCAGUUUAAACUUAAAUCAUAAAUCUGGUUUGCUUUUUAAAUUGGAAUUUUUAAAAUACUGUUUAGAUGUACCGAGAAAUAAUACGUCAGUCUUCGUGAUCCCUCGAUCACUAACGACGUAAUUACUUUAAAAUACUUCAACGGUUCGUGAUCAGAAUGACAUUUAUAGAUCCAUAACAAGGGACCAUGCAAGGAGGAGACUCGGAAAUGUACGAACGACACAUACAGCGUAACAAGAUCUGAAAAAGAGUCGCAACUAGUCAAAUGGUUUUGUAUGGGGAUGCAAUAGCUGUAAGUAUCGAGUUUUAGUUUCUAAAGCAUCCGAACGUGCUUUUACUCUUAAACACCGGAAAAAAUAUUUGAUUGUUUGCAACCAUUAGCGAAAGGCAAAUAGCACGAAAAAUAGUACUCCAUUUACCAAACUCACUAGAAAAUAACUGAAUAAUUUCUUAAGAUCAGCCUUAUGGAAAUUUAAAUUUUCGCGCACUAUCUUUCUAAAAAUGGCAAAAUGACAGAACACCUAGAUUCCUAAAUUUUACGGAAAGAAAUUAUGGGUGGAAUAGCUAUAAUUGAAAUAGAGGUGUAUAAAGAGAGUGGGGAAUCUAACAAAGGGCCGUGUUCAUGUCGUAUUUAUGAUUCGUGUGUUGCCUUUUUUCUGGUAUUACGUGAAUGGGCUAAAAGCGGUUGCUAAGCGGGUUUGUAGCUAUUGCCGAAAGUAUGGCUGUAUUGUAUUUGAGCGGCGAAAAAAUCAAUCCGAGACUGAUAAUGCAUAUUGCUUUGUCAUGCCGAAUGCGUACAUGAAACAUCAAUAGCAUGCUUUCUGCUUUUAUAUUGCUCUGUCUAGCCGAAUGAGUAAACACCAAUAGAAAGUAGUACCGUUUCCAAAACGAAAGGAAAAAUUAGUGCAUAUAUUUUGUUUAUGGUGUGGGUCCUUCUGACGGCCGGUACAAGCCGGUUGAGGUGUCAAUGUGUUAAGAAAAUGUGAAGGACUAGAAACAAGCUCUUUGGAGAAGGGAAGCAAAUGUUAUAAAACAUGACAUGGCGCCUUUAAAAAUUAUCAAACAUUUUUGGUGGAAUGAAAGCAAAUAGCAAGGUCACCUACGGAUUUCGGGUUUAGAAGGCUUCCAACAGCUGAACCGAGGGCUUCCUGUGGUUAGCUUCCAAGAGACAACAAACCUAGCAUCGAAGCCAUGAAAUAGAAACCUUCUGAGAUUUUGAGGAAUUCUCAAAUGUCUGAUGCCCGGGGCUUGAUAAUUUGAUCAGCAAGUCAGAUGAACUUCCCCGAUGCACGAAGUUUGUCGCGCCCACAAGAAAUGGUGUAGCGGAAGACUUACUGCCGCGUAUCAAAGUUCCAGAGUCUUCAAUAAAACUCUCAAUUAGCAAGUACAUACAACACAACUUGAAAGAAUCAAGAUAAAAUCGACACGUUUUGGCUUCGUACUUCAAGAGCCUCCUAAAAGCAGGCGGAAAGAACAUUCAAGAUUUCGAUUGGUGGUAAUUCAAUGGAAACUGGAUAUCUAUGAUCUGUAUCUUCAUACUAAAAAGGCAUCCGCUCAUCGCGGCCUUUCAGAGAAACUAAGAAGGAAGCGGCUAAGCCCCCUGACGGGCAGCCUUCAAAUCAGAAUCCUAUACCGCUCCGAGAAGCGACGGCGCGCUCAGAAACCACCUUUACGAUGAGCAGAAUGACUUUCGAUGGAAAUUCUUCUUAUCUUGGGAACUUGUCGACUUUCCGAAAUCUACCCGACAACGAAUGUCUUGAACCUUCAUGUGUACAUUCGCUGAGCGCUCGUAUUGCUAUCAUUAUGUCGUUAGGGGUCUUGUUCCUUGCCAUUUUGGGAGGAAAUGUCUUACUGUGUUAUGUCAUCAUCAGUAAGGGUCGCCAUGGUAGAAACACAACAAUAGUCUCAAUUCUACAUCUAUCUGUCAUUGAUGUCAUAUUCACUAUAUGCAGUAUGCCGUUUAUGGUUGUUCAGUUGUAUAUACAGGAUUCAUGGGUCUUCGGGAAAGCUAUGUGCAAAAUGGUCUCUUUCACGCAGAGCGCAUGCGUGAUAGCAUCCAUGUUAAACCUUAGCAUCAUCAGCAUCGAGCGAUUUUCAGCCGUCUUCUUUCCAUUUUGGACCAUCUAUCGGCGUAAAAUUAUUCGAAUUGGGCUAAUUGCCACUUGGGUUAUCGCUAUCGGGUUCUCGUCCUACUACCUGACAGUUAAAGACACAAUGAAAUUCGCAGGAAAAACCUAUUGCUUUGAGAACUGGAGCUCAGAGAAGGAGCGGAAAGUUUUCGUUUUGAUACAAUCAGCAUUAUUUUAUUUCCUGCCGCUGUUUCUAAUGGCGACCUUACACUCAAUGAUGAUCAUCAAACUCCGCUGGAAUAACUUCCCACAAGCAAAAGGGCCUUCCAGUGAAGCUCAAUCUAACGAGCGUUAUCACAGCCCUCUCAGAAUGCACCUUCGUAAAAAGGCCCGAAAUACACUCUUGUUAAUAGUAGCCCUUUUUGCACUAUGUUGGACUCCGUACCAGGCCCUAAUGCUCUGGUUUGAGACCAGUGCGCAUGUUCGGAUUACUCCGCUGACACAACGGUUGUUUACGGCUUCCAUUUGGCUUAUGUAUCUAAACUGCGCCUGUCAUCCUCUGGUGUACGGGUUCAUGUCUGCAAGGUACAAGAAAGCGCUUGCUGAAGUCACUCGCUCUGUGAUAAGUAAAUGGUCAGUCUGGUAUAGCAGGAAAGACUCUGAUCGCGUGCGCAUAGAUAGACCAUAAAUCAACAGGGACGUAGGCAACGAAGUAGAGCCGGAAUUUUACAAA